GAAAAUCGAAAUCAAACAAAACAUAAAAUUAAAUUAAACGCAUAAAAACAAACGACAUUCUGUGCUUAAUCCCAUUCGUAGCAGCAAAAUCCACGCCUGUCAUUUCACGAGGAUUAAGACAUCACAGACGAGUGGCAGUCGCAUAGGCGCUUACAGCAAAGGUGCCUGUGUCUUCGCAGCGCAGGAUAACGACAAGCACACACACACGCACAUAUGCGCACAAAUACAUUUAUAGACAGACGCGCCUUCGAUUUGGUGAGCGGCAAUUGCUCGCUUGUCACAAGAGACCAACAGUAGAGCGGCGCUGUAGCGAGAGAAGCGAGGGUGCAGGCGGUGGAUGCAACUUUCGACAAAAGUUGAAGCUGCAAAGAUUUUUGGUUAUUUACGAAUUUUGUUGAUUUGUUGAUUUCGAGGAUUGAAAGUUGUGGCAUUAGCAAAUCAGGGCAAGAGACGACACGACGACACAACGAAGGCGCCAACACAAUUGUGAACAAGCGUAAAAAGGAGCAAGAAAAAAGUCAACACAAUCAAAAGAAGUGAUAAAACACAAGCAGCAAGUGAGUGUAGGAAAAAAAGAAGCAGCAGCGAGGAGAGCGAAAACGAUUGWCAUAAGAAAGAGAAAGAGAGAGAGUGCGAAGUUAAGGGACGCCAGCGGUGGUUUUGUGGGUGGAAAGUUUGCGCAACAAACGAAAACCGAGCCACUGUGGCUGCCAGCCAGCAACAGUAGUUGAAUUUGCGGCCGAGGACAAACACAAUUGAGUUGGCGUUAGCGCAAUUGUUGUUGUAGUUGAAGGCUCCAGCACUAAAAUCAAAUAAUCAAAGCAAACAUUGAGGCUGUAAUAACAAGACAAGCUGGAGGACACGAGCGCCAGCUGCAGCAACAGCCGCUACACGCCAGCAUAAUAGUAAAACUAGCAGCAGCAACAACAGCAAUAAGCCAACAACAGCUACAACAAUGUUGGCUACUGAAGCAGCGCCGAAAGAUGAGCAGCGGCAAAGAUCAAAGCAUUAAAUAGCCAAAGAAGUUGCAGGCACGAGCCAUAGAGCAGCAGUUUGAACACAAAAAAGCAAAAGAAGAAGAAGCGGAGGAUUAAGUAGUGACUCCACAAAAAGAAAAACAACAAACUGGCUUGCGGCACAAAAAUACAAGCCGCGUGCAGCGUGGCGGCGAACGAGACGGCAGUGCAGCGGCAGGCGAGAGGCCAGCACAACCGGCAGACGAACGCUAUUGCAGCAACAAUAACAAAAACAGGCACAACAAACAAUUUGUGUAGUAUUAGAGCAACAGCAAAGGCAGCAGCGGCGGCGACAGACGCGUAUGCAAUCAAGGAGCACAGAAGAAUGUGUACGAAGACUGUUGAGUCGCAACAGCAGCAGCGCCACAAAUGCACGGAUGAGCAAUGCGAUGACAGGAGUGACAACAAAAACCGACUACGACAACAACAGCAACAGCUGCAACAGCACAAUGCCAAUGACUGCGACGUGGAAGUUGUUCAAGAGCAAAAAGCCAAACGAGCACACAAAACACUCGUGCGCGAAACGUUGCUGCUGCGACAGCAACAACGAACACAGCAGCAGCAGCAGCUGGAGUCAACGCCAGAASGAGGGCUGGCGCGUGACAAAAGGCUAUGGCAGUCAAUGUGCGGCCGCGGCAGUGGCAGCGGCACACGCUGUCGUCGUGCAGGAAUCAAGUGGAAAAUUAUAAUAUCAACAAUAAUUUUGCUAUUAUGCCGCACAAGUCACGUGCUCGCCAUACGAAAGGGUCGUCUCAUGUCCCCGAGCUCAUUCACUGCCCUAAGCGGAGAUCUACACGUACAGAUACAAUUCAGCGGCGAAGAUGUGGCAGUCGGCAAUGCUGUUGGGGGCGUGGCUGGAGUUGGGGCCAAAGAUGGCGUUGAAGUGGCGGCUGAUGAAGCAAACGUGCGGAGUACAACAACAACAACGUCAACCACUGAGGGCAAGACAAUGACGACAACGUCGUCUACGACAUCACGCACGACACAGCCAUUAGAUGGGUUGGAUUUCCGUCAAGUGGGUGUCGGCGGCGGCGGUAUGGGCGUCGUGGAGAAUACCAUUACAAGCACUUUGGUAAUUAGUAAAAUCAUUGACGAUUUUGUGGAUGCAAUGAAUGCGGCGUCGGGUAAUGAUACAGCGCGUGCAUAUGUGGAGCAUGCAUGGUUCAAUAGCAGCUUAACGAGCAGUUCGAGUGCGGAAGUGACGACGCCAGCARCGUCCAAUGAUACCCACAAUCAGUCGGCGCGUCCAACCAAAGUGUUGCAGCGGCGCCGCAAAGAAAUCGUGCAGAAUAUACCGGUCUUCCCCGAUCCGCGCCAUAACGUCACACAAAUUUCGGUACCCUGUCAGACUUUUACACGUGGCGGCCUGUACGAAAUGCAGGUGGUAACCAAUUUAAAGACUACCAAGSCAGUUGUUGCGGCGAAUGCCAGCGCUCACGAGCCACUGCCCACAAUGACCACCACCACCCUGAUGCCGGUAAUCGAUGAGCGUUUGCGUCAGACUCUGGACGUGCGAUGGCCAAGCGCCGACAUGCAAGUGACGCCGACACGCUUGCGCACCUACCCCGAACAAUCGGUCGAGGUCGUGCUACGCUUUCCCGAAGUCAAUUGUGAGCGCGCUUGGCACGAGAGUAACUCGCUGGAUUUACCGCAAUUUUGGUUGGAGCUCAUCUAUUGCGGUAAACAACGCAGCUGCAGCGACGUGUCACCACAAAAUGUCAGCAAAUCGAGUAUCUUAUAUAUGGAGCAAGUACGCGGCUACCCGAAGCAUAAGCUUGUGCAAUUGGGUUGCGAGCUCUUCGGUUUGGCCGGCAAUUAUGCGGUGCAGUUGCGUCCGAUGGUGCCGGCGCCGAAUGUGCCCAUCACACGUCGCUUUCUCAGCGUCGAUUGGAGCGAUAAAUUUGUGUUUAAUGUGUAUGCGCGGAGCAUCUUUCCUUGCGAUCCGCAUACGGGCAUCGGUGUGUUGUACGAGUAUCCAGCUUGUAUUCUGGAGCAGGGUGAUCGCGUGCGCGUUUUUGCAAAGUUGCGCGCUGAUGUGGCAUCGCUGAAACCGCCCACCACGCUGCACUAUGUCGCCGAGCAGCGUGUAGUGAAGAGUCAUCAUUCGCUUUACUUCAGCUGUGACCUAUUCACCGAGAAGUUCGUCGAGUACUGCUUCGUCUAUGUGAGUCAAGCCAUAUCGGGUGCGGUAGCGGACGUGCGAAUGGAUUGUGUGCCCACAUUGCCUGUUAGUGACUCCGACACUGGCGGCUGGGGACCRUGGAGCGAAUGGACCCCAUGCUCGACGAAUUGUCUGGGUGGCACGCGUAAUCGUUAUCGAUUUUGUGACUCACCCCCACCGCGUUAUGGCGCUAAAUUCUGUGAGGGCCCCUCAGUGCAGACCGAAAAAUGUGGCAAUGCCAUCGCCGAUACUUGGGACUGUAUUUACGAAAGCAGCGGCGCCACCUUUACUGCCGCUAAUCGCACCGAGGUCAGCCAAGAGAUUGGGCCCGGCUGUCGCUGUGGAUGUAUUGUACAUUUGGGCUCGUCAAAGCCGAAGCGCAUUUUGGCAGGCGCCACACAAAGCUGUCCGGGACGCUCGUUUUGGCUUAUACAGGUGGAUGGCGAGGAGAAUAUUGCGCUGAGUUUGAACUUUUUGCGCUUGCCCUGUCCGGCGCAGUACAUCAAAGUACGUGACGGUCCGUCGCUCUCAUCGACGUUGCUCAUUGAAUUGAACGGCGGAAGUAAUUUAAAUAUGCCAGCACAAAUAGAAUCGAGUGGCGCGCAAUUGUUGCUGGAGUUCUAUGCGGGCGAAGCGAGCGAUAUGCAAGCGUCCGCCAACGGCCAGAGCAACAACAACAGCAGCAACAAUACGGUGGCGGGCAGCGUUAGUGCCGCUUGCACCGGUGGCUUUUUAGCGAAUGUCGAACAAAUUG